AUGAUAUUCAUGCAUGGUGGGGAGAGAAAGAAACUUAAGACAGGAAACUUUGUGAUUGCAUGCAUGUCUGCUGGUUCCAGAAGUUUAACCUGGCUCAUUCAAGAAGAAGUUGACUUGUACGCGGCAGAAUCUGAGUUGUACGCCGGUGAAGUUCAGUUGUACGCGGAUGAAGCUGAGAGUAGCUUGAACAUUGAAGUUCCGUUACUGGAGGAGAUGAGUUGCUUUGAUACACAACUUAGGGAGCUUAAGGACCAAUGUAACGACAGUGAGCAGAAGCUACUAAAGCUAGAGAAGACAUUGUCUGAGAUAUCUAUGAAGAAAUCCGGCUUUGAGUUGCUUGUUUGUCUACUGGGUUGUGUAGUAGUCUUAAUAUGUCUGCUGGUCAUGUUUCUACCGAGAACAGCUUUGAAGGCUUGA